AAGAAAAGCUGGAAGAAAAAAAACCUGGUCAGCUCCAUGGCCGCGACACGUGUGUGCACAACAAAUGUCUAACUACGCUGCAAAUUAAAAAAAAAAAGAUUUAAACAAUUUGAACAACAAGAAAUUAGCAAACGCUUGUGAAAUAAGAAAUAUUGAAAAUCGAAAAACUAAUUGUAUAAAAAAGCAUUCCAAUGUUGUCCUGUUUGGCGCCAUCGUCUACACGUUUUGGCCAAGAGGAUAACAUUAUACAGCAGAGCAUGCCAUCGUCCACAGCCUUCUCCAUGCAGUUUCCCUCCUUGGCCUCCAGUUUGCAUCAUCAUCAAACACACAGCAAGCCCAGCAAUGUGGCUGCAAGUGAGGAGCUUGCCACACAUGCGGCAAGUGCCACAGCGAGUGCGGCAGAUGACUUUUUGGUCAAAUGCACGCAAUGCCACAAGCGAUUCAAUGAGUUUCAGUCCCUCAGCGAGCAUAUUGCCAGUGAACAUCCGCAUGACAAGCUCAAUUAUGAGCCACAUCGUGCUGUUGUCGCUGUGCAGCCGGAAAGCGACGCGGAGGAAGAUGAGCAAAGCAAUUUGAGCAGCAACAGUCGACGCUAUGCCAAAUCCCCAUCCAACAAUAACAACAACGAGACAGCCAAGAAUCAAAAUAAUAAUAACAACAACAACAACAGCAAUCACAGAAGCCAACACUCGCCCAUGUGCUCACCUGUUGCCCAAGCACCGCCCAGCGAUCUGUUUGCCCACCUGCCGCAUCCGCCGCCGCAGCUGCCCGCCCAUUUGCACGCCCAGUUUAUGGCCGCCGCCGCCUUGGCCAUGCAAUCGGCACGCUCCGCCAGCUCACCCAGCCAACAGCAGUUGCAGCAGCCGCCACAGCAGUUGCCACAUCAGCAACAUCAGCAGUCACAACAACAGUUACUGCUGCCACCGCCACAGCCCGGCAGCAACAGCAGCGUUGGCAGCAAUUCCGCCUAUGAUCUGGAUUUAAGUGCACCACGUUCCACCUCCAGUCCUGGCUCCGCAGCCGGCGAACUCGCUUCAUCCUUUCCCUGCAUGCAAUGCACGGCGGCAUUUGCCACACGCGAGCAACUCGAGCAGCAUCAGUUGUUGCACUCACCCACGGGACAGCAGACAACACACUCCGUGCCACAGAUCUGCAAAAAAUGCCACAAGGCGUUUGCCAAUGUUUAUCGCCUGCAGCGUCACAUGAUCAGUCACGAUGAGUCGACGGCGUUGCGUAAGUUCAAGUGUGCACUGUGCGAAAAGGCGUUCAAGUUUAAGCAUCACCUCAAGGAGCACGUGCGCAUCCAUUCGGGAGAGAAACCGUUUGGGUGCGACAAGUGCGGCAAGAGAUUCUCGCACUCGGGCAGCUUCUCCUCCCACAUGACAUCCAAGAAGUGCAUCAGCAUGGGUUUAAAGCAGACCAACAACAACAGCAAUCACAACAACAACAACAAUCGACAGAUGCUCAAGACUUUGGAUAAAAAUGUUGAUCAACAACAACAGCAGCAGCAACAACAGCAACAACAAAUGUCUGGCAAGCGUGUCUCCAAGUUGCCAGAGUCGAAUCCUCUGCUGCCCCAUCCCAUGAACUACUUUGCUGGCGAGGCACAGGUGCCGCAGUUGCCAUCGGCUGCAGCGAAUGCAGCUGCUCCCUUUUAUUCCAAUUAUAAUGCCAUGAAUGCGGCGCUGUUGGCAUUUCCCUUUGCGUUCGAUCCGCGUCUGGGUCCCUAUAGCAUUCAGCGAUUGCUGGAGCUGACAGCUGCCGGACAGCAGCAGCAACAACAGCAGCAGCAACAGCAGCUGGAGGAGCAGCAGCAACAACUGGAGGAGCAACAACAACAUGAGCUGCAGGCUCCUCUUUAUGAGCCCAUCAAAGAUGAGGAUGAGACGCCCGAUGAGCCAAAGCUGGUCAUGGAUCUGGAGGAGUCGGAGACCAAGCCAGCCACGCCAGAGUUGCCGCCAGCUGCAGUCAAUGCGAAUAUCCUUUCGCCCAAACAGGAGCAGAGUCGAGAGCCAACGCCAGCGCCGGAAAUGACAGCAGAUUCACCCAAACCAAUUAAGCAGGAGCUGGAGCAGCGGAUAGAGGAGCAGGAGCAAGAGCAAGAGCAGGAGGAGUUGGUAACAUCACAGGACUUGCGCUGCAGUCGCUGCUCCAAGCAGUUCAAUCAUCCCACAGAGCUGGUGCAGCAUGAGAAAGUGCUCUGCGGACUCAUCAAAGAGGAGCUGGAGCAACACUACCAGCAACAACAGCAACAACAACAGCAGCAGCAACAACAGCAGCAAUCCUUUGUCAGCGAUGCAGAUGAAGAUGAGGAGGAUGGCGAGGGGGAGGGGGAGGAGCUGGAACCACGACAGGAUUACAACGCUGGCGGCAGCAGCGACAGCGGCGAGCGCAAAGUCCGCGUACGCACCGCAAUCAACGAGGAGCAGCAACAGCAGCUGAAGCAACAUUAUGCCCACAAUGCGCGUCCAUCGCGUGAUGAGUUCCGGCUGAUUGCCGCCCGUCUCCAGCUGGAUGCACGUGUCGUCCAGGUCUGGUUUCAGAACAAUCGCUCGCGGGAACGCAAAAUGCAGAGCUAUGUGAGCAGCAAUGAAGCAACAAGUGUCCCGGCAAUGACACCACAACAACAACAACAACAGCCACAACACCAACAACAACCACGUGCAGGCGAGGAUCAGCCGCUGGAUUUGUCCUUGAAACGGGAUGCAUCGCCGCUGUAUGGCGUGGCGCCACAGCAGACGACACUGAGUCAGCCGCCCGUUGAUUUCGCCGACAACAUGGCCAUCAAUCUGAGCCGCAAGUUGUCCAGCUCGGCAUCGAUGUCGCCGGCUUCGUUGUCGCCCUGCUCGGGUGGUGCCUCGACGUUGCAACAAACGGCGGCAGCGGCGGCGGCAGCUGCUGCGGCCGCACUCUACUUUGCCCCACCCUCGCCGCCCAGCAUGCAUCAUGAGGCUGUGCCUCCAAUGCAGCCACACAGCGCCGCCGGGCCAAGGGGUCAACCGUUUCCCGGACUGCCGCCGUACAUGAUGCAACGCCUGCCCAUGGAGGCGCUCUUCUCGAUGCGUCCCGGCGGUGAUUAUGCGCCCAAUCCACUAAUGAACAGUAUUAAGCUGCCCGAUUACCGUGGCACCAGCCUGAGUCCCGGUGGAUCCGAGAAGCGUUCCUGGCGCGACGACGAUUCGCGCAUCUCGCACGAGGAUGAUUACGUGAUGGCCGGAGCCGGCGGAUUGUUGCCCCCGAAACCAAAGCGGGCCAAGGCCGAGACCCAUGGACAUGCGGGUGAUCCCGACCUACCCUUCGUGUGCGAUCAGUGCGACAAGGCGUUCGCCAAGCAGAGUUCCCUGGCACGACACAAAUACGAGCAUUCCGGUCAACGACCUUAUCAAUGCAUGGAUUGCCCCAAGGCCUUCAAGCACAAACAUCAUUUGACGGAGCACAAGCGUUUGCAUUCCGGCGAGAAGCCAUUUCAGUGUUCCAAGUGCUUGAAACGAUUCUCGCACUCGGGCAGCUACAGUCAGCACAUGAACCAUCGGUACUCCUAUUGCAAGCCCUACAGGGAAUAGGUAAGCGACACCUCAGUGCCGCCCACCUGCGUCGUAGCCGCCAAUGCCUCCGGAACGGGAACGGGCACGGGAACGCGUGCUCGUCGCGGCCCAGCCUCCAAUUCAGCCAGAGCAAGCAACAACCACAGCAAUCACAACCACAGCAACAACAACAACUAUCCACAUCAGUUGGCUGCCAUGGCAGCUUACCAACAACAUCAGCAGCAGCAGCAGCAACAACAUCGCUUGCAACAUCAUCAACGACUUGCCUGGCCACCGUCCAACGUUAUGUUGCCGCCACCGCCCAGCAACAAUUUGCAGCAGGCAGCGCCGCAGCCACCACCACCAACAGCAGCACCACCGCCUUUACUAAGCGCACCACCGCCGCCGCCGCCUUCGUACUUUGCCAGUCCGUUGCAUCAUCAUGCGGCAUUGAUGGCACCACCGCAUCCGCAUCCACAUCCACAUCCUCUGCAAAAUGAACACUCCUCCGGUCAUGCCUUCAAUUUCUUCAAUGCCAAAAUGUUGCUGAACUAAAACCAGCACACGGCGAAUCGUUAACAUAGGUCUAACAGUCGGCUAACAGCUCACUGUUAACAGUGCACUUAAAUGUUGUACUUAAAAAAAUAACCAAAAACAAGCAAAAAUCUCAAAUUGUGCAGGAACACAAAACAACAAGAACAAACAGAAAAUGUAUAAAUGAUAAACAACAACAACAAAAAAAAAAUAAUCACUUGCAACAUGUUGCAACUGGCAGCCAUCUCAGUAGAGAGCAGAUGUUAUAUUUUUUAUAGCAAUAUUUUAACAUGUCUUUUUAAAGUUGAAGAAACCUUUCGUUUGAGCGAAUUUAUUAUUAUUAUUUUACAUUUUUAUUAUGAUUAAGUUAUAUAUUUUUUGAUAACUAUUUACGUUUAGUUGUAAGAGCAACAUCCCAGUACCAAGUGCUGCGAAAUACUCAAAGCUUUCAUUAUUUCAAUUGUGGCAUGCGACACAUUUAUUAUUAUUUUUUAACAUUAUUACAUUAUAUUCAGCAUUAAUGUAUAUUAUUUCGUUUUAUAUUAUAAUUUCAAUACUAAUUGAAAACGUUAUGAACUUUGGGUUUUACAAUAUCCAACAUUUUGGACCAACAGCAAAAAAGAAAAAAAAAAAGAAAAAUUAUAAAAAAAAAAAAUAUAAUUGACAAUAUCGUAUUUAAACAAAUUCAAUAACCAAAAAAGAUCAACGAUGAUGCCGAGCAUGAUGCUCUCUCGCAAAAGUAUUAAACAACAUCCAAAUGUAUUAAAGCCAGAAUACAACAAACAAAAAAUAGUAAAAUAAUUAAAUAAAACACAUACAAAAACACACACACACACAAAUUGUUGCUUAUGUUAAAUGAAAACCCACCGCUUGCUGCGCGUUUCAAGUUGAUUAACUAAUACGAGAACAAAUUACACUGCAAGAAAAUUUGCGCUUGUUUCGAUUUGUUCAUUUUGUAUGAAAGUUUCAAUUAAUUAUAUUAAUAAUAAUAAUCGAAAAGAAAUUAACAACAACUAUACGAUCAUUCCAUUAAGCUAAAGUCGCGCUAGAAGAAGGUGCCCUCCCCAUGCAUUUAAACCUUCGGCAACUUGAGCAUAAAAACAGUUUUGUAAAUGUAAUGUAAUGCUUAA